AUGCCUGCUCGAUCACAGUCACGAAUCACAACUGCUUGUAACUCCUGUCGUCAACGAAAGCAGAAGUGCAGCGGAAAUCGAGGACCCGCAAAGGGCUACAUCGAAGCCCUUGAGCGCCGUCUCCAAGAGACCGAAGGCCUCCUUCUGGGGAUCCUGCAGCAGGUUUCCGACUCUCAGCUAGCAGAAAGUAUCCCAGUCCCACAUCAUGAUCCCCCGGGGCAGCUCCGGUCCGCAAAAAGGGGCAGCGAGUACUGGAAGCUGUUCCCACUAAGAUCUGUGCAGGAGAUCCGCGCCUGGCAGGAAGAUUGUCAGCGAUCUGUGCCCGAACGGGCUUCUACUUCUACGUCUACGCCUCAGCUUGCCCAAGGUGAUUUGUCUACUCCAACAGUUGGAGACGAACCGGGCAUUGAACGAGCCAGUUUGCAGAUACAGCAGGAGAGCCCGGGACCACAGCCGAGCUUGACUACAAGUUCACGUCCACUGUCAGAAGAGAAGACAAGUCUUACAACUAUGGCUCUCAAGAAGAUCAUCGUCGUCGGCGCAGGCCCUUCAGGCCUGCUCCUUGGCCUUUUACUCUCCAAACAAGGCGUACAUGUAGAGCUCCUGGAUGCAGAAGCGAAAGUCAGUGACCAGCCACGUGCAGCGCAUUAUGCCUCGCCGGCCGCCUACGAGCUCGACCGCGCGGGAGUCCUGGAAGACGUAAAAUCCCGCGGCUUCGCCCUCAAAAACAUGGCCUGGCGCAAACCCGACGCAACUUUCGUGGCAGGCACCACGACUGAACAUCUUCCUGCAGAUUAUCCACACCGCAUGGUGGUGCUACCGCUAGACCAGCUCGGUGAACUUCUAGUAGAGCACACUCAGCGCCAGCCGACGGCUGAUCUCAAAUGGUCUCACCGUGUGGUAAAAGUUGGACAAGAAGCAGACCAUGCCUGGGUGGAUGUUGAGACCCCAAGCGGCCGGCAACGCAUGACUGCAGACUAUAUAAUCGGCUGCGACGGCGCGAGCAGUACUGUUCGCCGAGAACUCUUCGGGCCUGAAUACCCGGGCGAGACACUCAAUGCGCAAAUUAUCGCAACAAAUGUCUACUACGACUUUUCGAAAGAUUUUCCGACAGACACCAGCUUCAUCAUCCACCCAGACAACCUGUUCAUGGUCGCGCGCAUCACAAACGACGGCCUAUACCGCGUCACGUAUAAAGAUAUCCCCAACCUCUCGCGUGAAGAAUAUAUCUCUCGCCAACCGAAACGCUACGAAGAAAUCCUUCCAAGCCACCCAAAACCCCAUGAGUACAAGAUCACCAAUAUCUCUCCGUACAAACUGCAGCAGCGCUGCGCUCCUUCCUUCCGCGUGGGACGCGUGCUUCUUGCAGCUGAUGCGGCGCAUCUGUGUAACCCUUUCGGCGGCCUCGGCCUGACUGGCGGCAUCGCGGACAUCGGCAGCCUCUACGAUGCCUUGAUCGGAAUCCACAAAGGUCUCGCAGAUGAAGAAAUUCUUACCAAAUACGCCGACAUUCGGAAACAGAUCUGGAAGGAAAUCAUUGACCCGAUGUCGAGAGAGAACUUUGCGCGGCUGCAUCAGGACGCCGAGACUGCGAGGGAAAAUGAUCCGUUCUUCAGGCUUUGUGUGCAGGCCGAGACAGAUGCGGAUCUCAGUAGGGAGCUUGCCAUGGGGUAUGACAAGUUAAGGGUUGAUAUGACGCAGUUUUACAACCUAGAUGCAUAG